AUGAUGAUGAAAUGCUUUCACUCCGGCGAACGAUUUGGGGCAAAGGAAAUGAAUGCUUCAUCGGAAUCUUUAGCGACUAGGGAUUAUUCGGCUAGUGGAUAUUCUUCUCGAGUUAAUGAACCUGAUCCCAAAUUGGAUAACAGCAAUAUAGAAGAAGCAGAAUCCUCUCUUCGUGAAAGUGGUUUUCUCAAUUACGAGGAAGCAAGAGCGUUAUUAGGUCGAUUAGAGUAUCAAAAAGGAAACGUAGAGGGUGCACUUCAUGUUUUCGAAGGAAUCGACAUUCCUGCUGUGAUUCCCAAGAUCAAAAACUCACUUGCAAGAAGAUCAGAACUUUCAAGACGCCAUUCUCAAGGUGAUGAUGAUCCAUCGCCAUCCAUGUCAGUUCAUGCUAUCAGUUUACUCUUCGAAGCUGUUUUUCUCAAAUCAAAGUCGUUGCAAGCCCUAGGACGAUUCCGAGAAGCUGCCGAAUCGUGCAAAAUCAUACUGGAAACAAUCGAAUCUGCAUUACCCGAUGGAUUUCUUGAUUUUUCUUCAUAUUAUAAGCUUCAAGAAACUGUAGAUAAAGCGGUUGAGUUGUUACCUGAGCUUUGGAAACUAGCUUCAGAUCCACAAUCGGCCAUUUUAUCAUACAGACGAGCGUUGCUUUUCCAAUGGAAUCUUGAUAAAAAGACACGAAUGAAUCUUGAAAAGGAAUUCGCUGUGUUUCUUUUGUACAGUGGUUGUGACGCGACACCUCCAAAUCUUCGAUCCCAGAUGGAAAGUUCAUAUGUACCCAAGAACAAUGUAGAAGAAGCCAUUCUUUUGCUUCUGAUUCUUUUGAGAAAGAUUGUUAUCGGUAUAAUCGAGUGGGACCCAUCAAUCUACCAUCAUCUUUCUUUCGCUUUAUCGAUUUCCCAUGACCUAAAAUCACUCGCUCAUCAAAUUGAAGAAUUCCCACCUGGAAUCAUUGAAAAAAAGGAAAGAUACAGCACUCUCGCGUUAUGUUACUAUGGAGAAGAUGAAGAUAUGGUGUCGCUAAAUCUAUUAAGAAGUUUGUUAAAUAAUCAAGAAAAGUCAGAAAACCAACAUAACUUCGUUUUAGAAAUGUUACUCGCUUCCAAAAUCUGUAUUCAUCAAUCCGAUUCCCUUCAAGAAGGAAUCACAUACCUUCACAAACUCAUGAAAUCGGAAGAAAAUUGCAACGAAACAAAAAGCGUCGCUAAUUUUUUCCUUGGUGUCUCCCUUUCUGCACAAUCAAGAAACACGAAUUUGGAUUCUGAAAGGAUAAAAAUGCAAUCUGAAGCUUUAAACGCUUUGGAAACUGCACAUAAAAUGAAACAAGAAGAUGCCAAUGUUUUGUUUCAUCUUAGCCUUGAAUAUGCAGAACAGAGGAAGUUGGAUAUGGCUGCUUAUUAUGCAAAGAAGCUUGUGAAAGUUGAAGGGGGAGAUAAUGUAAAAGGAUGGAUUCUUUUAGCGCGUAUUUUAUCGGCUAAAAAACAAUAUUUUGAUGCUGAAGUUGUCAUUGAUGCUGCUAUAGAUGAAACAGGGAAAUGGGAUCAAGGAGAAUUGUUGAGAACUAAAGCGAAAUUGCAAAUUGCACAAGGCAAGUUGAAAAAUGGUAUAGAGACGUAUACUCGUCUUCUUGCUGUUCUUCAAGUUAGAAGCAAAAGUUUUGGGGUUCAUAAAAGAUUAUUAAAGAAAAGGAGCAACAAAGAAAGAGAAUUGGAAAUGGAAACAUGGCAUGAUCUAGCAAACUUAUACACUAGUUUGUUGCAAUGGCAUGAUGCUGAGGUGUGCCUAUCAAAAUCCAAGACCAUCGAUCCUCAUUCUGCAUCUAGGUGGCAUGCCAUAGGGAUACUCCAUCAAGCAAAAGGCGAAAAGGAAGAAGCAUUAAGCUCUUUUGAGAAAGCAUUAGACAUUGAUCCAAAUCAUGUUCCUAGCUUAAUAUCAACAGCCAUUGUUCUAAGAGAACUUAACGAUCGAUCAUUACCAAUUGCCAAAAGCUUUAUAACCGAUGCAUUAAGGCUUGAUAGAACAAAUUCAUUAGCAUGGUUUAAUCUUGGUCUUGUUUACAAGGUUGAACAUGGUUCAUCGUCUCUUGAAGCUGCUGAAUGUUUUGAGGCUGCAAUUAUGCUUCAAGAAUCCGAACCUAUUGAACCCUUUAGAUGAAUUAAAAUAUUUCACCUUUUUGUUACAAAACGAUUUGCUUUUGGGGAAAAUAGUCGUUUAGUUUUAUAAUAUUAUACAUAUACAAAAAAAAAAAGUUAUUCCACCAUUGUGUAAUUGUAUGACAAUAUCUAUUGUACUUUUGUAAUUGUAAUUUCUAUAUAUGUAUAACAUCAUGUCC